GGGAGCGUGUGCUGGGGGAGGAGCGGUCGCCGCGCGUUAGUCAGGGAGCGGUGCAGGCUCCCGGUUCCAACUGAGUCUCUUUGCCAGCCAAGCCCAGCCAGGGACGGGGUCAGGCCCACCAGGUUCCUGGUAAGGUUGAAAGACUGAGUGUGUAACACUGUGUUAAAGUGAGUCUUUGUGAGAGCAGGAUUUUUUGGAUUGCUUCAGUGUAAGUGUGGGAAGAGUCCCAGAGUAUCAACCAUGUCUGGGAAACGGAAGCGAGUGGUGUUGACUAUUAAAGAUAAGCUUGACAUCAUAAAGAAACUUGAAGACGGAGGUUCAUCCAAACAACUGGCAGUUAUUUAUGGAAUUGGUGAGACAACAGUUCGGGAUAUAAGAAAAAAUAAGGAAAAGAUUAUCACUUAUGCAAGCAGUUCUGAUUCCACCAGUCUUCUGGCCAAGAGGAAAUCUAUGAAGCCAUCCAUGUAUGAGGAACUGGAUAGAGCAAUGCUGGAAUGGUUCAACCAGCAAAGAGCAAAAGGGAAUCCAGUAUCUGGACCCAUUUGUGCAAAAAGGGCAGAGUUCUUCUUCUACGCUUUGGGAAUGGAUGGUGACUUUAACCCUUCUGCUGGAUGGUUAACUCGUUUUAAGCAGCGCCACAGCAUUAGAGAAAUUAACAUUAGAAAUGAAAGAUUAAAUGGAGAUGAGACUGCUGUGGAAGAUUUUUGUAACAACUUUCGAGACUUUAUUGAACGAGAGAAUCUGCAGCCUGAACAAAUCUACAAUGCAGAUGAAACUGGACUCUUUUGGAAAUGCCUACCUUCUAGGACUUCAGUAAUCAAAGGUAAAUGCACUGUCUCUGGGCAUAAGUCAAUUGAGGAAAGAGUCACUAUCAUGUGUUGUGCCAAUGCAACAGGUUUACACAAACUUAAACUUUGUGUUGUGGGGAAAGCAAAGAAACCUCGUUCCUUCAAGUCAACUGACACCUCAAACUUGCCAGUCUCUUAUUUUAGCCAGAAAGGUGCAUGGAUGGAUCUUUCCAUUUUCCGACAGUGGUUUGAUAAGAUAUUUGUGCCACAAGUUCGAGAGUACUUAAGAUCCAAAGGCCUGCAGGAAAAGGCUGUUCUCUUGUUGGAUAAUUCACCAACACAUCCAAAUGAAAAUGUCCUGAGGUCAGAUGAUGGCCAAAUAUUUGCUAAAUAUUUACCACCUAAUGUAGCUUCGUUGAUUCAGCCCUCGGAUCAGGGAGUCAUAGAGACAAUGAAGAGAAACUACCGUGCAGGUCUUCUCCAGAACAACUUGGAAGAAGGUAAUGAUCUGAGAUCAUUCUGGAAAAAGCUAACUCUGCUAGAUGCACUUUAUGAAGUGGCAAUGGCAUGGAAUUUAGUAAAGCCAGUUACUAUUAGCAGAGCAUGGAAGAAGAUUCUCCCUACCAUAGAGGAGAAAGAAGGUUUGGACUUUGAUGAAGAAGAUAUUUCACUGGCUACUGUGGCCACCAUUUUACAACAUACCAAAGGACUGGAAAAUGUGACUACUGAGAACAUUGAAAAAUGGCUUGAAGUGGACAGUACUGAACCAGGUUAUGAAGUGUUAACUGAUAGCGAAAUCAUCAGAAGAGCACAAGGCCAGACAGAUGAAUCCAGUGAAAAUGAUGAGGAGGAAAUAGAACUGAUUCCAGAGAAACAUAUAAACCAUGCAACUGCUCUCCAAUGGACUGAAAAUUUAUUGGAUUAUCUAGAACAACAAGGUGAUAUGAUUCUGCCUGAUAGACUGGUGAUACGUAAACUUCGAGCCACCAUCAGAAAUAAACAGAAGAUGACCAACUCAGGUCAAUGAUGGCAUUUCAAUGUUAUCAUUGUUUUGGUGAUUGUAACUCUUAACCUCUUUGUAAUGAUGGCUUAAUUUUCUUUGUGUUCUGAAUUCUCCGACACAAUCCUAUGAAAUACAGAUACAAAAGUGUAUCUAAAGUGGUUUGAGGAUUAUGUUUUUCAUCUGUGUCUCUUGUCCCUUUAUUUGUGCAGAUAAUCCGAAGCUGGUUUUGUAUAGAUAUAAAUUACAUGUACACAUGUAUUCACUUUUGUAGAUCUACAAUUAUCCCUCCUAUAAAAGUGGCAUUCCUUAAAUAUUCUAGCAAAAGUUACAGAUAAUAGUGAACAAAUUGAGCACUUUCCUGAGAUCUUUGAUUGAUUUGUGAGGGCUGCCACAGUAAUCUUUUCUUGUGCUAACCAUCUUAAAUGGUUAUGUUUUGGGUAUCUGUAUACACUGAUGGAAUGAGGAAAUAACUAUGUUGUUAGAUUUCAGCGUGAUCUAUAAUAAUUCAAGAUGAAGUUCAAUAAUGAGGGAACAGUGAUCUAUGAACUACAAAAAUAACUUAGAAAUCAUACUUCUGUUACAUUUGUGUGGGUGGCAAAUAAGGGAAGAUUUUUCUGCAAAUGAAGUAAAUACAAUAUAGAAAGUGAUUGCUGAAUUAAUGAGAAAACUAUUGGAAAGUUGAUAUAAAAGACAUUCUCAUCUAUUCACUUGUAGAAAACUGGGAGUUGAAAUUUUGGGGAACUUUAGGUUAUUUAUACAAAGGGAAUAAAUAGGCUUCUUUUAAUUGGGUCUUUAUGAAUUGGGUAACAGUAUAGAUUUAUUAUUUAUUCAUCUAAUUAUAGUAUAGGUUUUGUAAUGCUACAUGUGGUUAUAUGAACUCCCACCUUUUAUGUGGAGGAACAUCUUGGGAACUUGAAAGUUAUUAUUUUUUAUUACUGUGUACUUGAUACUGUCUAUAAUUUGAAAAAGUGUUGUACCUUCUUUUAUUUCAUAUGAAAAGAAUAAAGUUUUUAUUGUUUUUGAUAAGCCAUAGGUUAUGACCUGGUUUAUGAAGAAAACGAAAAUAAUUAUGGAAAGUGCCAGAUUCUAAGGAAUUUCAUCAUUUAUUAUUUUGACAUUUGUAAAAACAUGUAAUUUCUUCUAGAAUUUGUCAGAAUUUUGAUAAAUUUGCUUAGUAAAUUUAAUGUUUAUUUAAGACAUGAAAGACUUGACAAAUGUGAAUAUUAAUUUAAUUUGUGAUUUGAAAGCCUCCAUAUUGUUUAAUGGUCUCCAUAUUGUUUAA